AUGCAACCAGGUUUCUAUGAUAUUGAAACGGAAAUGUGCACACCAGAAUUGGAUGAUGUCAAAGAAUAUAUACCACAAGAAAUUGAAAAAAAUAUCGCCGAAAAACGACCG